GUCCUGCUGUAUGCUCCCUUCCCUCCUUGCAGUGGAAGUUCAGUGAUCGCUGCUUGCAGUGAGCAUGUUGUCCCCGGAGGGAGCAGAGGAAGAGGAGUCUGGGCUCCAUGGAGCGUCAGACGAGGUGGAGCUGGAGGUGCAUGCCUCGUUUCCUCUGGAUCAGGAGAUGGAGGAGGGCGAGGAGUCGGAUGUGGAUGUGGGACCCUCCUUAGAUCCUUUUUGCUAUGUGCCCUACAGGGACAGGAAGGAAUGGGCAGAUGUGACACCGUUACCACAAGAUGAUGGGCCUAAUCCAGUUGUUCAGAUUGUUUACAGUGACAAAUUCAGAGAUGUUUAUGAUUAUUUCCGAGCUGUUCUUAAGCAAGAUGAAAGGAGUGAGAGAGCUUUUAAUCUGACGACUGAAGCCAUUGAACUGAAUGCUGCUAACUACACCGUAUGGCAUUAUCGUAGAGUCCUCUUGCAGUCAUUAAAGAAGGACCUUCAGGAGGAGUUGAACUAUAUCUCCGCAAUUAUAGAGGAUCAGCCAAAGAAUUACCAAGUCUGGCAUCAUAGGAGAGUGCUGGUGGAGUUAUUGAAGGACGGCUCUCAGGAAUUGGCCUUUGUUGCCGAUGUAUUAAGCCAGGAUGCCAAGAAUUAUCAUGCGUGGCAACACAGACAGUGGGUUAUCCAGGAGUUUAAUUUGUGGGAAGAUGAACUUCAGUAUGUCGACCUGUUACUCGCAAAAGAUCUCCGAAAUAACUCUGCCUGGAACCAAAGAUUCUUUGUCAUUUCGAAUACUACCGGUUACAGUGAUCCUCAAAUCCUAGAACGAGAGGUGCAGUAUGCAAUGGAAAUGAUCAAAGUAGCACCUCAUAAUGAAAGCGCCUGGAAUUAUCUCCGCGGCAUACUACAAGACAGGGGUAUGUCCGAAUACCCUAACCUUUUGGAACAAAUCCGUGCUUUGCAGGAGACACACAGUUCUCCGUACCUUUACGCCUUUCUUGUAGAUCUUUACGAUGACAUGUUGGAGAAGAAAUGUCAAAAUGUUGAAGAGGCACUUAAUGAGACACUAGAGCUGUGUGAAGUCCUUGCAAAAGAAAAAGACACUAUAAGAAAGGAGUACUGGCGCUAUAUCGGCCGAUCUUUGAAGCUCAAAUACGGAAAAAAUUCUCCGGCGAAAGGGGAACCAACAGUUGUUGAAAGUGUAUAACUUUUAAGGGGUUCAGAUUUUUUUUUCAUGUAUCUAUUUAAUAUUUGUUUUUGUUUUUUUACUAUCUACUUGAAAUAGGACUGAGGCGUCACUGAUUCAUUGUAUAAUGUAGUUAUUGCACCUGAAAAGCUUGACUUAACCAAGCCGUAAAUAACCGAAUGAAAGCUGCGGGUGGACUCUUGUUGUUCAAUGUUCAGAGACCUCACAUAACACCACAUUCAGUAUGCUAGCAUAUUAAUCUGUAUGAUACGGAUAUUAAUUUGCUUUUUUGAAAUAUAGUACAACUGCGCAAGCUGUUGCUGGUGAACCCACAUAACUUUUCAUCUAACAGUUGUUAGCUCCGGCUCUGCUUUGUAACAUACUUAAUGAAAACUAGAAUUGUGUUUUGUAAGACUAAUUUAAAAUGUGAAAGUAAAAGGGAAAAGAACGGUGUCCAGCAAUUCAUUUCAUUGAGUAGCUGGUUUUUGUUAUUCUGCUUGGCUAAUACAGUUGUUAAACGUUGAUGUGCCUCGCAAAAUAUUGACCAUAAAAUAACUAAUAUUUGAGCAAUUUAUUUGCCGUAAUUUAAAUUUUAACACAAAGUCACUUUUCUUGCAAUAAAAAGGAGUAUGGCCAAAAAAACGUGGUAUUAUUGUACUGUCCAAAAGUGUUACUGUUCACACAGAAU